UGUUCCUUGUUCAAACCUCGUCAUUGAGUGAAGUUAGAUGGUAGACAGACCCGAAAAAAAGAAGAAAGAGCAGGAAUCAGAGUGCUCAGCUUCACUUCACCUCUCGCUUCACCCUGGGCCUGGCCUGAGCUAGCAGCUGUUCCCCCGUCGAUACUCCAUUCUCCUUACCUGACCGUAUCCUCAAAUACUUUACACAAAAGUAAUUCUAAUCCCUCUUCUCUUUCUUCGGCUACGACCUCUCUCUCUCUCUCUCUUUCUUUCUCCUCAUACUCGUAAUACUAACCCAACAGCAAAACCAAUCGAUACCGACGGGCGAUAGGCGAUAGCCCCGAAGGAAACGGAACGGAAACAAAGGGAAAACAGACGGCGCGUUCACUUGACCUCAGUCUUGGAUGCCCUCUACCAAUCACUCGGCAUCGUCGUCCCCCUUUCGAUACUGUCCUGUCUUUUAGGUCACCGUCACGGGGCCAUCCAUUCAUUCUUCUUUUUCUAAAGGACAAUCGACCCCGACGCGACUCUUUGAUAGAACUUGCUCCUCAGCAGUUCUUGUCUUGUCUUGUCUUGCUCUUCAGUUCUUCACUGUGACGGACGGACAUCUCAAUCGCUAGUGCAUCUGCAUAAUUCCUUUUCCUACUGCAUCGUAUUUCAGCCAACCUCGGACCCUUUUUCAAGGGCGACAUCCCAAUUCCUAGCGAAGAACCUCAAACGUCACCGGCCAGCCGCCCUUGAAAUCAGUCGAUCCACCCCAGUCCACUCUGGAAUCGAAAAGAGACUUUGUCGCCGGAGCAGACUCCACCUGAACGUCAGGUACCAGCGCGCACCAUAAUUAUCAACAUCGCUCGUUGUCGCGCGCGCUCUCUCUCUCGAGUCUGGACUCAUCAUCUUUUUUCGUCGUCCUUUUCUCAUUCGCCUCAAAUCCCAACAAACGCCCACGUCACUGCUGGAAAACUCUGUCUGCGCCUCCUUUGUCGCCUUUGGCUUGGUUGCAUUGGUGACAGAGCGCCCCUUGAGCAGUAACGAGCGUUUUUGGCCGUUGGAGAUUCUUCGAGUUGCCAAUUCCACUCGGGAAUGAGCAAUAAGAUCGCUGUCGCAUAAGUCGUCGAGAAAACAUUCCAGGAACCAGCACCAGAAGCUCUCUAAAUACCACAACUGCCUUGGUCUGCCUCUGCCAGAGGUGCGACGCUUGAACCAGAGUCAAAAGGGGUAAAUUCCCACUAAUUACUGGUCUCGGUCUCGGUACAACCCACUGUGUGUGUCGUGCAGUCUGCCUGUGCUUUUGCUCUGUUUUGCUUGUGCGUUGUGCGCUUGUGUGCUUUGCGGUACCUGACUAAGGAGAAUCGCUGGCGCCCAUUCGCCAUUCGACCAGUGUGUCAAUAAUUAGACACACUCUCACCCGCAAAUCUGGGCAUUUCCAAUCGUAUUUUCUCUCGACGACCGACCGACAUUUCGAGGUUCCUCACGUUUGCGCUGCAUUACACUCAUUCUUUGAACUCUCUUUACUGCUGAAAGCUCCUUUUGUUUUUGUUACGUUCCUAAUCGCCUUUCACUUUCACUUGCACUACUUUCUUCCAUAAUACUUCUUUUGUUUUUCUGUGGGAAUUGCCUUUAUUUUUUUUUUUCUCGCAGCCGGGUCUGCUCUCUUACAGCACAGCACCUUAGCUCCAAUCUUACGCACUCUCCCUGCAGGUGGCAUUGCUGCAAUCUGACUGGUGUGCCUAAUCUAUUACGGUACCGGUACUUUAACAGGUGCUGUACCCCGUCUUUUAACAACAAACACGAUCCAGCUUCAUUUAGCCAGCACAACACGUUCGAAACUCUCAACACACCACAAACACAGAGCCAUCACCCCUGCGACGGGCCUGUUACGUCGUCCGUCUGCGUAUCUUGAUGGUUUCAAGGCGUGAUUGAGGAAGUUUCCCUUGCCCUCUUCGGAAGAGGGCCACUUUUGCUCUGCAAUCAUGGCUUCUUCACUGUCUUCCGACAAGCCAAGCUUGCCCGCUCCCGGCGCAGCGCAAUACGACCCUUUUAUCACAACAACACCGCCCGCGCCCGCGCCCGUGCCGGCUCAGCACCGAUAUUCGAACUACGAUCAUGAUUUUUUCGUGACUGGCCCUGCUUCCCCAGAAUCCGCGAAGCGAGCGCUCGCUGCUCAUCUGCAGGAGACCGAGCGUCGCCUUGAGGAGGCCGGAAAACUGGGUAAUGCCUUGGUUCUCCAGCGCAAGCAACUCACCGAGCAACUUAAGGAGAUUGAGAAGGUGAACAACGAGGAGGAACUGUCCCAGGAGCUUCGUGAGCGAAUGGUUGGCAUUGAGAAGGAGUUUAACACAUUGACUCGAGAGUCCGCCCGGAACUUAUUGCCCAAGCAAAGAGUUCCCAGCAAUGAAGUCAACCCCAAUUCACCUUUCGCGCCCGAGAACAAGGGCGGUAGACGAUCUGUCAGCCCUUCCAAGUUCGAGAGCCAAGCAACAGGGUCGCCUACGAAGUUGACUGUGCCUAAUCGCAAGAUUCGCAACCAGCCCUCAAACCGAGUUCACGAUAUCGAGUUCGCCGCCGAAAUUAGUACUUCUCUCAUCGCGCAAGUUCGCAAUCUUCAAGGCGUGCUCGCCGAGCGAGACGAGGAGAAUAAGGAUCUCAAAGCCGAAAAGGCACGACUCGAGCUUGAAGCAGAGGGGUUUCAGCAACGCUUCAAAUCCCUUGAUGAGAGCGAGAAUCGAUACAAGGAGGAGAACUGGAAUCUUGAGACCAAGUUGCAAGAGCUCACUGCUCAACACAAGGAAGCUUUGGAUCGUGAGAAGAAACUCACUCAGUCUCUUAAUGUCAUAAAGACGGAAAAAGUGACUAUUCAGCGAGAACUUGAUGAGGUCAAGGUGCACCACGCACGAUUAAUUGACCAACAUGCUGCUGCCGUUAAGCAACACGAUAUUGAGCUUGGUACUGUCAAGCGCAAUAUUGCCAUGGCAGAGGGCGAGCGUGCUGCUAUGCAACGCCGAAUCGAUGACCUUACUGGACAGAACCAAGAGCUCGCCAGGGCCUUCGCAUCUCAGCGACGUACCGUCACAGAACUGGAGCCCAGCAUCCGUGCCAGUGACGACGAUCUCGAAUCAUCCGCCGACCAUCUCACUCCCGACCAUUCGCCGCCAGUAUCCCCUAUCAAGGGCACUCCCCGCCAUGCCAUGCUUGAGACCGAGACUAUGAAGUCAUCUCUCUCCCAUGCUCAGCGAACCAUCCAGAGUCAACGAGGUCUGCUCCACCGUGAGAAGACCGAAAAGCUUGAGCUUCGACGUAUUAUUCAGGAUCUUCGCGAUGAUCUCGAGAAAGCACGAAGCGAUGCGGGUGAACACAAGCCCCACCGAAAGUCUCGUGUCAAGGAGUCUAAGGAAUUCAAGAAGCCUCCUCGUCUGCUUGGAUCGUUCCGCUCCAGCAGACAAGAGGUUAUCACUGACGACGGCGAGUGGGAAGACCAGAAUGAUGUUUCUCCUCGCGCCUCGGUCUCGCCAAUGAUCUCCAGGUCUUCUCUCAGCAAUAGCACCCAGACUAUUCUCCCUAGUAUUGAGACCUCUCACCCAACGGAUACUGAGCAGUUCGAAACCGCUAAUGAAGGUGGCGAGUCUGCAUUUGAGACCGCCAACGAGCGUGGUACCGAGACUGAGGACUUCCAAACCGGGGCCGAGGAAAUGUCAGGUAGUGAUGAUACUGAGACUGAGGGUACGACCCGAGGCUUCGGUAGCAUGAAGAAUGCUCCACGACUUCCCGCCGGCUUCACUCGCCAUGCAAGCAGCAACUCACUGCAUAGCACUGCAUCGACUUCUGGCGACGAGGACGACUACUCAUACACCAAGACGCCAACUGGCACCAUUGGUUCCCAGAGAAGCAGCCGUUUCCGUAUGAGCCGUAGCAUUUUCAAUCGCUCCAGACAAGUCAGCGAGGAGCCUACCUUCCAGAGCAGCCCCGUCAGCUUUGCCAGCAGUCGAGAGGGAACACCCCAGACCGGCGGACAGAGCCUGUUUGCCGAGCUGCAAGAUUUCGGCGGUAGUGACGACGAUUCAGCCGGUCCUGGUACACCCAGUCGCAUGCGCGCUCGUUCUAUGACUCCUGGUUCUAUUCGCCGGGGAUCAUCACCACGGCCUGCGGUACCCCCCAUGCCUAAGGUUAUCAUGGUUGACAGUGGUAUGAUGACUGAGCCUGUUAGGAUCGUUCCCCGACUUUCUGGCCUCGGAACGUCGCAGAUGUCUACCACUGGUGUCAUGACGGAUGAUGGAGAUGAACACUUCGCUGAGUCGCCUGUUAGUGUUGUGGCAGCGAUCCGACGUGCUUCUAUGCAUUCUUCGAUUGGACCAUCUGGCGAUCGUGAUCGCCGUAUCCCCUCUUGGGCAUAUGACAGUCUCGCUGACUCUAGGCCAAUUUCUAUGGUCUACAGUGACGCUGGUGCUCAGCAUGACCCCGAUAUGGAGAAGAACUUGGCUCUGUUCCCAGCUCCUCCAUCUAUGCUACCCAUCCUGCCUCCCAACUUGACUAUGUCCUCGAUCGCAUCUGAGGAGGUUGAGCCCGUUUUGGAGCCUGAAGUUGUUCCAACUCCUCCAGCAUUGACUUUCACAGCUCUUUCUAACCAGAGCGUUGAGCCUGUGUCUGAGCCAGGUAGCCCUGUUCCCGACCUGACAAUGACCUCGAUCAUUUCUCAAGAGCUUGAGCCUCGCGCUGAGCCUGUCGUCCUGCCUCCAGCUCUCAGCUUGUCUGGCAUUGUGGCUCAUAGCCUCGAGCCCAAGGCCGAGCCUGAGGUGCCUCUGCCUGAUCUGUCCAUGGCUGCUAUUGUCACUGAACAGGUUGAGCCUAUCGUAGAGCCUGAGAUUCCAGCUCCAGCCCUGAGCCUCUCCUCCAUCUCAACUGAGAUUGUUGAUCCGAUUGCCGAACCACCUGUGGAGCCUGUCAUGUUCAUGCCACCACCUCCGGUUCUGUCCAUGUCCUCAAUUAUUGGCGAGCACGUUAAGCCUAUCGCCCACAAGAACCCCGAGCUUAGCAUCUCUAACAUUAGAGGAGAGAACAUUGAGCCCAUUACUGAGCCCGCUGUUCCCGCUCCUGAGCUUCUUAUGUCCACCAUUCGAAGCGAGCAUGUUGCGCCAGUUGCGGAGCCUGAGCCCGAGGCUGUUAUCCCGGUUGUUGUCGCUCCUUCUCUGCCUCCCGCUCCCGCUCUGAGUUUCUCUGCUAUCCAAGGAGAAAAUGUCGAACCUGUCGCUAGCGAGGCACCCGAGCUUGCAAUGUCUAACAUUGUGGGUGAAGCAGUCGAGCCUGUCGCUGAGCCAGCACCAGUGCCUGUCAUCCCUGAACUCACCAUCUCAACCAUUCAUGGUGAACAGGUCGAGCCAGUUAUCGAGUCGGCUCCUGAGCUGUCUAUCUCUACGAUCCAGCAAGAAUAUGUUGAGCCCACGGAUCUCCCUGCCCCUGAUCUGGCUCUGUCUUCCAUUGCUGUUCAGUCCGUCGAGCCCAUCAGCGAGCCAGAAAAGGUAGUUCUCAAGCCAUCUCUGAAUCUGUCAUCUAUCUAUACCGAGGCUUGUGAGCCUCGUGAGGAGCUUCCUCCCACCCCCACUACUCUCGUGUUUUCUGGUCUGUCUACACAGAAUGUCGAGCCUGUGUCUGAGCCGGCCCCAUCGCUGACUUGGUCUGGUAUCACCUCUGAGAACGUCAAGCCUGUUCUUGAGCCUCUUUCUCUGCCUCCUACUCUCGUAAUGUCCGAAAUCGCGACUGAAAGUGUCGAGCCUGUCAGCCCUGUCUACAAGACACCUACGUUACCUGCUUUUGCAUUCUCUAACAUCGAGUCUGUUGAAACCUUCCCCGUCUCUCCUCGAACCCCCAAGAGAGAUGGAUUCAUUCUGCCACGUGACAUGAAGUCACCUUUCAUAGAGCAGGAUGUCCCCAGAACACCUGAGAACCAGCGUGGCAUUGAUCAAGGGUCAUCACCUCUCAUGGUUGACGAUGAGAACGGCCAAUCUCCUAGUGAUACUCCUGAGCCUGCCACUCCGGACUCGGAGCGGCCUUACGACAAGCCUGUAGUUAUUAUGAACGACCAGGGUGCGCAGACAUCUCUCACCGCUGAUGUCAUUGACGCCAUGUUCAAGGCUCGUGCUCAGUCUGCCUUCAGCCACCAGAAGAGCCUGUCGAUGGCCAGUAUUCGAACUCCUGGAACCACUGGCACAUCUGGAACGGUCCGCAUUCGCCGAUCACAGGAGAUGUUCGAGACUCCAAGCCAGCACGAGCGUGACACUGAUGAUGUCUUCAACACCAGCCCCAUCCGUCGCCCUGGAAGCUCCAGAAGUGGCAGGGCAUCCAUCCAAGAUGCUCCUCCUCUGCCUGCGAACCACCGCCAAGCCAUCGAGGCUGCACGAUCCAACUCCUCUCACGGCCCUCAGAACAACAUGGGACCACCUCUCUGGCCUGCUUCAGCGCUUAAGCAAAGGCCAACGACCCCAGGAAACGCGGCUGCCUCACCAGCGUCCACUGCUCGCGCCACGCCUACCCAGCGUACUGUCCGAAACCCUGUCAGCUACGGUGAGCUCGGAAGACAAUCGCCAUCGAAGCAUACAGCGGCAUCUAGGAAGUCCUCUGUAUCCUCGUUCGCCUCAGAGCUUGAUACUCGAUUUAACAUGCGCCCUGGCGAGAUGGGCAUGGAUCCUUCCGGCUUCGGACCCAACACUGAUCCCCGCAUGAUCCAGGCUAUCACCCAGACCAUGAUUGGUGAGUAUCUGUGGAAGUACACUCGCAAGACAGGCCGUGGAGAGAUGUCGGAGAACCGACAUCGCCGCUACUUCUGGGUUCACCCUUACACCAGGACUCUUUACUGGAGCGACCGAGACCCUUCAACUGCUGGUCGCACUGAGCUCAAGGCCAAGAGUGUUCCUAUCGAGGCUGUGCGUGUCGUUACUGACGAUAACCCCAGUCCUCCUGGACUCCAUCGCAAGAGCUUGGUCAUCAUCUCUCCUGGACGAACCAUCAAGUUCACUUGCGCAACCGGACAACGACACGAGACCUGGUUCAACUCUCUUUCGUACCUGCUUCUCCGCACCAACAAUGAACAAGCUAAUGUCGAGGACAUGGCGGAGAACUUCACUCGAGAGGAUGUUGAUGAAUUCAACCCCCACUUUGGACAGCGCGCGGCUAACGGGACACGACCUGGAGCACCCCCCUCUCUGUCGUCUUAUAACUCUCGAACAACCCGUAAUGAGUCGCCUGCAGUUGGUAUGUCUAUGAACAUUCCAACUCUGACACCCAAGGCUCAGCCACAGCGCCCCGCUGGAACACUGAGCAAAUUGAGUGGUUAUUGGAAGGGAAGCCAGCUGUCUGGCACUCUCACAAGUCGCCGCGGCCGUGACAGUGCCCACAACGUUAACAUUUAUGAAGCCAGCGAGGCCCAUGACAGUGCCGAGGAUGUGAGGGAGAUCAUCGAGCGGCAGGAUAGGGAAGCUGACCGUCUCGAGAAUGUCCGAGCAUGCUGCGAUGGCAAACAUGAUGUCGGAACUCUCCACCAUUUCUCCAAGCGAGGCCGUCAUGGCAACAGCACUCACACGCACUCUCACCCAGGACUUACACACUCUCAUACUACUAUGUCUUCUCUACGCUCUCGAGUUUAAGCACAUGCGGACUCAUUCACCUACACAUUUAUUCCAUUACCUGUAGAACACCAUUUCGAGCAAUACACUGUUGUAUGGCGAACACCAACUGUUACGAUCGACAUCCUUCACGGACUUUCACGAGACUUAUGAUUUUCUUGACUUUUCUGCUGCGCGCCCUUGACAAUGAACCCAAGAGCACUGCGACCAAAAGACUAUAAUCACUUCACUACAGCCAAACACCGGCUACGACCUGUCAAACCUUUCCUACUUUGUCUCUGUUUCUUAUAAUACUGUAUGCAACCACCAUUGCAGCCGACCAUUCAACCUACCACAAUUAGAUCUGCCGAUCGAGUCUAGUAUCGACGGAGACUGAAAAACACCAAAAAACAUCAACGCACCACACCACACCACACUGCAUUUUAGCCAACACAUUAUUUGUUUGAGCAGACCUCUCUCAAUCGGAUCAGCGCAUGGAAAGCCGGGAACGGACCUACAGGAGUUUUUGUCUUGUUUACUAUCCAGGUGUUGUCUAGUAUAGCGCAGCUCACCUGAGAAGUAUUGAUUCAUGUAAUGUUCUCGAGGCUGUGGUCAAAAGAGAAGAAGGAGCUUGCGUAUAGACGCGAUGUGCUUGGAGAGUUUCUAGGCGAGGGGUAUUGAUGACUGAAUGAAAUUUUCGUAUUAGACUGAUUGAUUGAUGUUGGCGUUGUGAGGUCUCGAUGUCUACUUUAUUACUGUUCAUUUCGACUCGUAACGACUUUUGAAAGCAAGUGAUUCGUUUAAUGGUUCCAGACAGCCCAACAUUAUCUUUUAAGCCAUGAAAUGUUGAGUUUACGGGCUGUUUGCGCUUGUUAACCGAGGCGGAGGACAGAUUUCACUUGACAGUGGUCAUAUAGCCUCCAC